UGUGAGCUGUGAGGCACUCCUCUAGUCAAUGAACAUUGGAAAGAUGGCGGCUGCAUAUGCACAAGCGAAAGUCCACCUUGCCGGCGGAUCGAAAGUGCUUCAAAGAGACUCUUAAUCGUCUUUUGUGCAAAAAGCAACCGGUGCAAAGUCCGUCCGCGGUUGCCUGGACAUGCUUCAGUCCAUGCACGGCGAAGAAUAGAACGCCGCUUUCUCGCCAUGGAGCCCCCGGAUCGCUCCAAGCCGAGCAGACAGGGCAACCCAGUGGGAGAUGAAUCCCGGCAGAACUCUCAGACGGAGGAAUCCUGGGAUUCACCCAGUGAGGAAGAGGAACUUCUGUAUGCGACAUCACCCCCUUACACAUCGCGUCAGAUGAAACGAAUGUCUGGUAAACAUCAGAAAAGCAGCCAGUCCAGGAGUGGUGGACGUUCUCCCAGCAAACCGGACCUCAGCCCGUUUGUCCCGAAAGAAAAUCCCCGAACACCAGAGACGCCUGAGGAGCACAGCUACAAGCAGGGAAAGAAGCAGAGGGCCACCCUGCGCUCCACUGAGCGAGACCACAAGAAGACCUUUGAGGGCGCCUUCAUGCUAGAUCCGCUGUCCAAAUCAGGGCCUUUUGGCGCCCUCAGCAUGGACCCGAGGAAGCACUAUCUGAGCUUGGGCUGCAGCAGCUGCAAACUCCCCGUGUCCAUGCCCCACAUGGCCCGCACCCACCGCCAGACCUCUCGGACGGACUGUCCCGCGGACCGCCUCAAGUUCUUCGAGACGCUGCGGCUGCUGCUUAAGCUCACCUCCAUGUCGUCGAAGCGUAAGGAGAAAGAGCAGCGAGGCCAGGAGAACAUGGCCUUCAUGGGCCACAACAACGAAGUCAUCUGGCUGGAGCUGCAGGCAUGGCACGCCCGCCGCUCCAUCAGAGACCAGGAUUUCUUCCUUUUCACAGCGCGCCAGGCCAUCCCCGACCUGAUCAACGAGGUGCUACAUUUCAAGGUGAACUACGACAGCCUGAGACAGGCUCACUGUUCAGGGUCCCCAACAAUUCACGGGGACUGCCGGACUAUUAGGACUGAUCCCAAUCUGGACUGUAAAGAUAAAUGCAAGCCUGCUUUGGUGGAGAGCAACCACUGUGGCGUGGACCCUUGGGGCUUUAGCGCUUGCCCCUCCGCUGCCAUGAAUGCAGCUGAGCCUCUGGGCUCAGGCACCGACUGCAGGGAUCACCUUCAGAGGCAGCGGUUGGCCUUUGAGCAGGUCAAGCGCGUUAUGGAGCUGCUGGAGUACGUGGAAGCGCUGUACCCCUCUCUGCAGGCCCUGCAAAGGGACUAUGAGAAAUACGCGGCGCGAGACUUCCAAGGCAGAGUGCAGGCGCUCUGUUUGUGGCUCAACAUCACUCAGGACCUCAACCAGAAGCUGCGUGUCAUGGCCACCGUCCUGGGCCUCCGGGACCUGUCUCGCAUCGGCUGGCCCGUCUUUGAGAUCCCGUCCCCUCGCUGCUCUCGCGGCAACGAGGAUGACGACAAAGAUGAGGAUGAGAAUGACUCCACCGCCACGUUCACAGCAGAAAGCGACGGGGAGGUGGAGGAGGAGACGGUGGGAGGUAUCCCAGCUGAUGGAGAACUUUCUCCAACCUUGACUUCUAAAUUUUCCCAACUGUUGUCGGAGGAAGAGUUUCUUCCUACGACAGCAUCGGGAAUUCCAGAGGCAGCGGGAGCAGAGGGUGUGUUUUGCCCCACAGCCAUUUAUAGGCCCUUUGUGGAUAAAGCACUGAAGCAGAUGGGACUGCGCAAACUCAUUCUCAGACUCCACAAACUGAUGGACCGCUCCCUCCAAAGGUCUCGAGCGGCCUUGCUGCGCCACACACCUGCACUGGAGUUUUCAGACUUCCCGGACCCCAUUCUGUACAACGACUACCUACCGGAGCUGUCCCGCCACGGCUCCUGUAGUAGUUUGGCUGAGCCAGAACUCGGAGCGGACCAAGUGUCCUGGGAGGAUCUGCUGGACAUGGACCUCCCAUCCUUCCGGCCUGCCUUCCUCGUGCUCUGCAGAGUCCUUCUCAAUGUCAUCCACGAGUGCCUAAAGUUACGACUGGAGCAAAGACCUGCUGGAGAACCUUCUCUACUCAGUAUCAACCAGUUGGUGCGUGAGUGUAAGGAGGUUCUGAAAGGGGGUCUCCUCAUGAAGCAGUAUUAUCAGUUCAUGCUCCGCGGCGUGGUUACUGAUGCUCAGGGCUUGCAGACAGACACCAACAUUGAUGAGUUUGAGGAGGAACUGCACAAGAUGCUUGUGGUGUACUUUGAGUACAUGCACAGUUGGAUCCAAAUGUUGCAGCAGCUGCCUCAAGCAUCUCACAGCUUAAAGAACCUUCUGGAGAAGGAGUGGCACUUCACCAAAGAUAUCACCCCCUACAUCCGUGGUGGGGAGGCCCAAUCCGGGAAGCUUUUCUGUGACAUUGCUGGGAUGCUGCUCAAAUCCACUGGAGAGUUCCUUGACGCCGGCCUGCAAAAGAGCGGCAAUGAGUUCUGGGAAAGUGCCGACGAUAGCACCGCCUCAGAUGAGAUUAGGCGAUCGGUGAUUGAGACCAGUCGGUCACUUAAAGAGCUGUUUCAUGAGGCCAGAGAACGGGCGUCCAAGGCGCUGGGCUUUGCCAAAAUGCUGCGCAAGGACUUGGAGGUUGCUGCAGAUUUCAACAUUAUUAAUGGAGUCGCGUCUCUCCUUGAAGCUCUAAAGAAGAGAAAUUUUGUGAAGGUCCAAAUUCCUGGACUGGAGGAGCUGCAGGUUUUCGUUCCGUUUAGCUUGCUGGCUCAGCGGCCGCUCAUCCUGCAGUUACUCAAUGCCGCUGCGGGAAAAGACUGCUCCAAAGAGCCCGAUGAAAUGGCGGAGGAUGAGGCCUUCCUGCUCAUGAGCAAACACCGCACAGGGGACUUGACGACCGAUUCGGAAUGGGCCCAGUGGGACGGAGAGCUGCUCAAAGUGGUUCCCACAAUGGAAAUUGUCGACACGCUGCGGGCCAUGAAGGUGGAGAACAUGCUCAUGAUCGUGAUGCAGUCGGCUCACCUGGUGGCUCAGCGGAAGGCGGUCCAGCAGUCCAUGGAGGAUGUGCUCACUCUCAGCCGUGAGCAAACGUCCAGUCAGCCUCUUAUCGCCAGCGCUCUGCAGGAGCUCAAGGAUGAAGCGCUGCAACUCUGCAUUAAGAUCAGCUCAGCCAUCGACCGGGUGGAGUACAUGUUCACGUCGGAGUUUGAGGCCGAGGUGGACGAGUCCGAGUCGUCCACUUUGCAGCAAUACUACAGAGAGGCCAUGAUCCAAGGCUACAACUUUGCCUUUGAGUACCACAAGGAAGUGGUGCGUCUCAUGUCAGGGGAGUACAGGCAGAGGAUUGGCGAGCGCUACAUAGCUUUUGCUCGCAAGUGGAUGACGUACGUCCUGACUAAGUGCGAGAGCGGCCGGGGCACCAAGCCCAGGUGGGCCACUCAAGGCUUUGACUUUCUUCAAGCGAUUGAACCUGGCUUCAUAUCAGCAUUACCAGAGGAUGACUUCCUGAAUUUACAAGCGCUGAUGAACGAAUGCAUCGGACAUGUGAUUGGCAAACCUCAUAGCCCAGUCACUGGCCUAUACAUCGCACCCAGAAAUAGCCCUCGACCUGUUAAAGUUCCUCGCUGUCACAGUGACCCACCAAACCCAAAUCUUUUCAUCCCCAAUGCUGAAGGGUUCAGCUCUCGAAGCCUCCCCUGUGACCUCCGGAAUCAGCUUUUCCCCAACGGCCCUCGGCCCAUCCCGCAGGGCCCGGGGGAACACGGACACGCCAAAGCGCCUGGCAACACGCCCAAUGAUGUCAGGGGGUCCAGUUUCCACGAGAACGACCGGCUGUCAUCAGUGGCAGCAGAGUUGAAUUUCAAGUCUCUGAGCCGCCACUCAAGCCCUACAGAGGACAGAGAAGAACCCGCUUAUCCAAAGGGAGAUUCCAAUAGCAGCACACGCCGGAGCUGGGAGCUCCACACCUUCAUCAGCCAGUCCAAAGACUCAGCAGCCCGGCAGAGUCCGUUGGAGGCCGUGCGGCGCUCCAUCCGCAAGUUUGAGGAGAAGCGCUAUGCCGUUAUGAAGCAGCGCAAUAUCAUCGGCCAUGUGUGUCACACGCCCAAGUCCUAUGACAACGUGAUGCACGUCGGCCUUAGGAAGGUCACCUUCAAGUGGCAGAGGGGAAACAAAAUCGGUGAAGGCCAGUAUGGGAAAGUUUACACCUGCAUCAACGUGGACACUGGAGAACUCAUGGCCAUGAAAGAGAUCAGAUUCCAGCCAAACGAUCACAAAACGAUCAAGGAGACCGCAGAUGAGCUGAAAAUCUUUGAAGGCAUCAAGCACCCAAACCUGGUGCGAUACUUUGGAGUGGAGCUCCACAGGGAGGAGAUGUACAUCUUCAUGGAGUACUGUGACGAAGGCACACUGGAGGAGGUGUCCAGACUUGGUCUGCAGGAGCACGUCAUCAGGCUCUACAGUAAACAAAUCACUACCGCCAUCAAUGUUCUCCAUGAACAUGGCAUUGUUCACAGAGACAUCAAGGGAGCCAACAUCUUUCUGACAUCUUCUGGCCUCAUCAAACUGGGGGACUUUGGCUGUUCUGUCAAGUUGAGAAAUAACACUCAUACCAUGCCGGGCGAAGUCAACAGCACCCUUGGGACAGCCGCAUACAUGGCACCCGAGGUCAUCACCAGAGCAAAAGGGGAAGGUCAUGGGAGAGCGGCAGACAUCUGGAGUUUAGGCUGUGUCCUCAUUGAGAUGGUCACGGGAAAGAGACCGUGGCAUGAGUAUGAGCACAACUUUCAGAUCAUGUACAAAGUGGGCAUGGGUCACAAGCCCCCCAUCCCCGAGAAACUGAGCACAGAGGGCAAGGAUUUCCUGGGACACUGUCUGGAGAGCGAACCCAAACGACGUUGGACGGCGAGCAUGCUGCUGGACCACCCCUUUGUCAAGGUGUGUACGGAUGAAGAGUGAACACAAGAAUGACUUUCCACACAACAGUGGACGAGGUGAUAUUUUGGCUCAAGGCACAUGCAGUUAAAAUGAGAAACGUAAAUCUUUGAUUUGUAAAUAUAUAUAUGGCAUCCACAUUCAUUCUUGUAUAAACAAUAUUGUAAAGGUUAAAAUAAUUGUUCACUGGCAAAGCGACUGCUGAAAAGGUAUUGAGAGCUGUAUUUUUAUUUUUAAAGCAAAUGGGGGUAGAAGAAUCUUAUGGCACUUUUAAACUGUUUACCCUAAGGGGCAGUUAGUUGAGUAGAGGAGGGAAGAAUCUCAUUUCAGUUCAACUUUGAGAGGCAGGGGAAAAUGUUUUGCCGAAUGAAAGGAACUACAGCUUUUAUGACAUGAACACCAUCCAAAUAUUCUUAUUAAUUUAUCAUUUGCUAAGUGUGAGCAACAGGAAGGAUUAUUAUUUCUUUGAUUUUGCUGAGGAGUAAAGGUCAAGUCAUUGGCAAAAAGCUGGUCAUAUGACAGGGAGCAGCCUAGAUGAAGAGGAGACACAUGGCCUGCCCCCACUCGCUGCUGCUGCAUACAGUCAGUCCUUAGCUGCUCUUAGUGUUUGCUAUGUACAAACAAUAUUAAUAAACUAAUCUUUUUUUAAGAAGCUUGUGUAUCGUUUUCAAUACAAAAAGUAUCAAAACUCUGGCCAUUUGUCCACUAGUUGAAGUAUUGCACACCCUAAUUCAUUA